AUGGGAAUCUGCAUGAGUAACGACUCCGAAGAUGGGGAGCAGAGAAAGAGGAGUCAAAUGAUUGAUCGGAAACUCGAAGAGGAUUCUCGGAAGCUUCGACGAGAAUGCAAGAUACUUUUGCUAGGAUCCGGCGAAAGUGGAAAGUCAACAAUCGUGAAGCAAAUGAAAAUCAUUCACCAAAACGGCUACACUGUGGAUGAGCUUGCUCUGUAUCGAUUGACUGUCUAUAAGAAUCUAUUGGACUGCGCUAAAGCCCUUGUCGGAGCAAUGCGUCAGUUCGAGAUAGAUCCCGAGAAUCCUCAGAACAGAGAAUACUGCGAUUAUCUUCUGGAUUACCAGGUUGAUCCAGACCCACACACCUGCCUGGAGUCCAAAGUUGGAGAUGCAGUGACUUCGCUCUGGAAAGACCCCUGUAUAGCAAAAGUGAUGGAACAUCAAAGUGAAUUUUACCUCAUGGAUUCAGCACCAUACUUUUUUGAAGAAGUUCAGCGCAUAGCUGCGCCUGAUUACAUACCUAUCGAGUCUGAUGUCCUACGGGCUCGGACAAAGACUACCGGUAUUUAUGAGACCCGGUUUACUAUGGGUCAACUCAGCAUACACAUGUUCGAUGUUGGUGGUCAGCGCAGUGAAAGGAAAAAGUGGAUUCAUUGUUUUGAAAAUGUGACAUCCAUCAUCUUCUGCGUGGCGCUAAGUGAAUAUGACCAGGUUCUCCUCGAGGAAAGCAAUCAGAAUCGAAUGAUUGAAAGUUUGGUUCUCUUUGAUUCCGUAGUCAAUUCAAGAUGGUUCAUGCGAACGAGCAUCAUCCUCUUUUUGAACAAGGUCGACCUUUUCAAGCAGAAACUAGGACGGUCUCCUCUGGGAAACUACUUUCCGGACUAUUCUGGCGGAAACGAUGUAAAUCGUGCCGCAAAAUAUCUUUUGUGGCGGUUCAACCAAGUUAACCGAGCCCAUCUGAAUCUAUAUCCACACCUUACUCAAGCGACUGAUACCUCGAAUAUCCGACUUGUAUUUGCUGCCGUCAAGGAGACCAUUCUACACAACGCGCUCAAAGACUCGGGCAUCCUGUAA